GGCGCCUCCAGCAAUCCUUGCCAUGACACAUAUUGUGGACCUUAUCCUGAAUCAGAACCAGAAGUGGCAGCAGUUGUCCAGUUUCUUAAACAGCAUAAAGACAGUGUGAAUGGAUACAUAACUAUACAUUCCUAUUCCUAGAUGGUGCUUUUUCCAUACUCAUAUACAAAAGAGAAAAGCAGCGACCAUGAUGAGUUGCUAAAACUGGCAAACAAAGUUACUGAUGGUAUAAGGUCAGCAUCGCAUAAUAAAUAUAUAUAUGGGCCAGGAGCAGAGACCAUUUAUUUGGCACCAGGAGGCUCUGAUGACUGGGCGUAUGAUUUUGGUAUCAAGUAUUCAUUCACAAUAGAACUCCGGGACAGAGGAACAUACGGCUUUUUACUUCCAACUCAUCUAAUAAAACCAACAUGUUCUGAAGCCCUAACUGGGAUCAAAAUAAUUGCAACUCAUAUUGUAAAAAAUCUGUAAUUUUUAAAAAGCCUGAUGCAAAAUUGAAUAUGUCAUAUAAUUAAACAUCAGCAUAGAAUAUACAAUUAACAUUUGUAAAAUACA